UUCUUUUUUUUCUGAUCCACAUUUUUGUUUCAACUUUUGUAUUUUCUGUUGUUUAAUUUUUUCUUCUUUUUUGUUAAUUGUCAUAGUUGAUUAAUUAUGAAUCGUAAAAAGGUUGAUUCAAGGAUCAAGCAACUGAUCGAGUUAAAUAAUGUUCGACAUCAUCGAAGUGUCUUCGCAAUCUGUGGAGAGAAACCUUAUACCGUCAUUCCUGUUUUCUACAAUUUCCUGAGAAAACCAAAGGCCAGUGUCUUAUGGUGUUAUAAGAAAGAACUUGAUUUCAGGGAUAAAAAGGCUAAAAGGAAUAAGAAGAAAAGAAAAAUGAUGGACGAUGAAGCUGAUCCAUUUGAGAUGUUUGCUAAAUCGACUACAAUCCGUUGGUGUUAUUACCAUGAGACCGAUCGUAUUCUUGGUAACAGUUAUGAUGUUUUGGUCUUACAAGAUUUUGAAGCUCUAACACCAAAUGUUUUAGCUCGAACUGUUGAAACUGUUAAUGGUGGUGGUCUAAUUAUUAUAUUGCUUAAAAAUAUAAAUUCUAUCAAACAUCUUUGCAUGGAUAUUCAUCGAACUUACCAAACUGAAGCUCAUCGUAAUGUUGUCGCUCGAUUUAAUGAACGUUUCAUAUUAUCACUUAAUCAAUGUUCAAGUUUCCUACCUGUUGACAUGGAAUUCAAUGUAAUACCUAUUAAUUCAUGUUUACAACUUGAAGAACCUUCAGAUUAUAAGGAUGUUCCAUCAAUUGAUCUUCAAAAACUGAAUGAAUUGAAGGUCUCCCUUAAAUCGCAACAACCACUGGGGACACUUGUUGAUUGUUGUAAAACUUUGGAUCAAGCGAAUGCUGUUAUAACUUUCAUCGAAUCUUUAUCCGAAAAAACAUUGAGAACAACAAUUUCAUUGACUGCUGCUCGAGGAAGAGGUAAAUCGGCUGCCUUGGGAUUAGCAAUCGCUGGAGCGAUCGCCUUCAACUAUUGUAAUAUUUUUGUCACCUCACCUUCACCAGAAAAUUUGAAAACUCUUUUCGAUUUUGUUAUCAAAGGACUAACUGCAAUUCAUCUUCAACGAAAUCUUGAUUACGAUGUAAUCAACUCAACGGAUCCAGCAUUCAACAAGGCAGUGGUUCGGAUUAAUGUUUUGAGACAAUUUAAACAAACGAUUCAAUACAUUUCUCCUAAAGAAGUUUGUAAGGAUAGUUUAUUACGAAAAUCAGCCGAGCUGGUUGUUAUCGACGAAGCUGCUGCGAUACCUUUACCGAUCGUACGAUCUUUACUUGGUCCUUAUCUAGUGUUUAUGUCAUCGACAAUCAAUGGAUACGAAGGAACUGGUCGCUCAUUGUCAUUGAAACUUCUUCGUCAACUGCGAGAUGAAUCAAAAUCUGUAGUUCAAGAUUCUAAAGAUGAUCCAGAAGCUCGUUUACUUCGUGAAAUCACCUUGAAAGAGUCAAUUAGAUAUAAAGAUGGAGAUGCAAUCGAAAAGUGGUUGAAUCAAUUACUUUGUCUCGAAGUUAACAAUGAAAAACUAAGAAACUCUGUCCCUCCAUCAGCUGAUGAUUGUCAACUAUUUUACAUAAGUCGAGACACUUUAUUCAGUUUUCAUCCAACAUCUGAGAAACUUUUACAAAAGUUGAUGGCUCUCUAUGUAUCAUCUCAUUACAAGAACUCGCCCAAUGAUUUACAAAUGAUGGCCGAUGCUCCCGCUCAUCAUUUAUUCUGUCUCUUUGGUCCAUCCGAAUCUGAGAGUAAAAAUCGAUCAAAAAUUCCGGAAGUUUUAUGUUUUUUACAGAUUUGCCUGGAAGGUGAAAUAAGUCAAUCAUCUCUAAUAGACAAUCAAAAAAGAGGCAAAAGAGCUGCUGGUGAUCUUAUACCUUGGACUUUAUCUCAACAGUUUCAAGAUACCAAAUUUCCAUCUCUCUCAGGCGCUCGUGUCAUAAGAAUCGCAACUAAUCCUAACUACCAAGGCCAAGGUUACGGUAAAAAGGCUCUAGAAUUGAUCUGUAAAUACUUCGAGGGAAAUUUCAUCACUGAUUCUACUCCACCUUAUGAAGAUCAAGAGAUGGAUGAAAGCGGCGAUCAAGCUGGUGGUGAUGAGGAAGAGCAACAAGUUAAAAAUGAAAAGUCAAAACAAACGGAAACUCUGGUAAAAAAACUACCACCGUUGUUGAUUUGCCUCGAAGAGAGGAGACCUGAACGACUCGAUUACAUUGGUGUUUGUUAUGGAAUCACUCAUGAUCUUUAUCGAUUCUGGAAAUCAGGUGGUUUCAUUCCAGUUUAUAUAAGACAAUCUACAAAUGAAUUAACAGGUGAAAACAGUUGUAUCAUGAUUAAAAUUCUGGAACACGAUAAACCCGAACUUUCAACUUCCGUUUCAAACGAUUGGCUGUUCGAUUUUUGGAUUGAUUUUAGACGUAGAUUUGUCUCACUUUUGGACAGAGUUUUCAAAAAACUGACCAUCCCGUUAGCUUAUGAAAUAAUCACAACUGAUCUUAAUUUAAAAUCCAUGAGAAGUAAAAGUUCAGAAAGUUCAAAAUCAAAAUCAAAUGGACAAUUAUCAUCCAACGAGAUUAACCUAAUUUUUAGUGAUGCGGAUUUUUCUCGUUUUACAUCUUUCACCAAAAACCAGAACAUUUCACCACAUGGAAUUCUUGAUUGUCUACCCUCAUUGGCCUUUUUCUUCUUCACUCAAAGAAUCGCGACGAAAUCAAGUUCAAUCGAUCGGGAAAUUGCAUAUGUACUAAUUGCCGCUGGACUCCAGAGAAAGUCAAUCAAAGAGAUUUCUAAUGAACUUUCAAUCAACACCGAUACAAUUGUUUCUAUGCUUAGAAAAGGCUUAAAAAUCUUAGUCGAAUCCUUAAUCUCAAUCAAGAAAAACACUUGAGGACUAAUCCACUUGAUAGUUGAUUUAUUUAUAAUUAAAAUCAAUUAAUCUCUGAAAUUUA